AUGGCGUCGCAGCGUUACAUGGACGUCGCAGUUGCGAACGAGACGAACGGAAAGGAUUAUCGCCAAGACAGUCGUACAAGCAAUUGAAACAGAGAGGCGAGUAAGAGUGUUGGUUUGUCGAGGUUGAGCAAAAUGUCUUCUAUACAAGUAGAUCGUCCUCCAAAAGUGAGUCAAAACAACAAGAAGGAGAACGAAAAAUCUAGAAAAGUCUUCAAUCUCUCACACAAGAAGCACAACAAGCAUGAUGACAAUCGCUAUUUCAAGCAGCUAUAUAGAAAGCGACCUCAAAGUAGCUUCUGCAGCAACGGAAAGUCCUUUCCUCCCUACAAACGUAGAAAGAAGGAAGGUGUCAUCAUCCCUCCUACAAAAUUCUUACUUGGAGGCAAUAUUUGUGAUCCGUUAAAUUUAAACAGCAUGCAAGAUGAAGAAAUAAAUCGAGCUAUGAACGCAGUGACUCCAAAAUCUAGUCCACUUCCUACUCCCAAGCACAAAAAAGAGAUUAUUGAAGUGAUUAUUCCUCCAAAUAUUUGUGAUCCUUUGAAUUUAACCAAUUGUAAUGACAAUGAAGAGUACGAGAAGCAGCUCAUUUCACCGACAAAAAGAAAUUCGAAACGAAGAAAUAGGAAGAGGAAGAGAGCCCUUUCUGGAUCUGGAAAAGAUGAAGGAAAGAUGGUGGAUCCCAACGAAACAAAAACAUUGAGGGAAACUGAAGGAAAGGACAGCACAAUAGAUGAAUCUUCAACAGAAAGACUUUCUGGUGAGAAAAUUAGAUUAGAAGAAGCGCCAAGUACACAAAGUGAAAAUUGUCUAAAAGAAAAUAAGACAGAAAGUCCACAGAAAGAUAAAAAUAGAUUACGAUUAAAGGGUUUAGAAGAAAUAAAGGAUAAAAGGUUGAGAAAGAUUGAUGCAAAAGAUAAAAUAGUGAGCCCAGUGAUUCCACAGCCUGGUGCAUGGAAACCCAGACCUCAACAUAGGCCCAGUCAAGAUAAAAAAAAGAAGCAGCAGCAUGCAAUGCCCAAUUUUAGGCUUAAAGAUGCUAGAUACCAAUAUGGAAACUACAAUAGAUAUUAUGGCUACAGGAAUCCUCACCAUGAAGUAGAUCCUAGAUUAAAAGUGUUUGCACAGCGAAAGGAACUGUUCCUAGGGAAGGACAUUCUGGAUAUUGGAUGCAAUAUUGGCCAUGUUACUCUAUCAGUUGCCAGGGAUUUUGGUGCCAAGAGUGUUACAGGAAUUGAUAUCGAUAGAACUUUGAUAAAUAUUGCUCGGAAAAAUGUGAAACAUUAUGUUAAUUGCGUGCAAAGUCCUGCGAGCAACGAGGACAGUGACAAAAGAGACUCUUCAGAUGCUAGCUUCUUUCCUAUGUCGAUGCCAAUUAGUUAUGGACCUGUAGAUAUUCCAGGGUUUACAAAAAACAAGCAACAUAAAGGAUUCCCAUAUAAUGUCACUUUUGUGCAGGGUAAUUAUGUGCUUGAAAACGAUUCACUUCUAUGCGCGGAACAGACGCAAUUUGACACAAUCUUAUGCUUGUCCAUUACCAAGUGGAUUCAUUUGAACUUUGGUGAUGCUGGGUUAAAACAAGCUUUCAAACGCAUGCACGCGCAAUUACGUCCUGGUGGAGUUCUUGUACUGGAACCUCAGGGUUGGGCUAGUUAUACCAAGAAAAAGAAUCUCACGGAACGGAUUUAUAAAAAUUAUCACAGUAUUGAAUUCCAGCCGCAUAAUUUCACGCAGUAUCUUCUAUCUACCGUUGGCUUUUGCAAAUGCGAAGUCGUCUCUAUACCGUCUCAUCCAUCCAAAGGAUUUCAACGACCUAUACAUCUUUUCACCAAGACUGGCGGUCCUUCUACAACGACUAUUUCUACCGAACGUAUCGACGAUAACGACGUUACGAGCGAUACACUGCAGUGUCGCCAAGAGAGAAUGACGAGAAGAGAUCAAGAAGAGAUCCGCGAUAUGGAAAGAAUGAAGUACGAGCAGGAAUUAUUCCCGAAAGAAAGUAUCAAUAGAGGCAAUAUGUCAGAGAUUAGUCAGCACAGUGGAGAUUUGAAUCAAUAUGAACAACUGGCGAAUAUUUACGCGCCCAGUGCAACGCCGAGCUAUGAUACUCCAAGCCGUAAUAGCGAUAGUCAACCUUUGGAUAGUCAGCCUUUGGACAUGUCGAGGAUAAAAGAAGAGAAAGAAGAAAAUUCAUAAAUGAUUGAAAAAGGAGAGAAAGAAGGAAAAAACUGAGAAAAUGAAGAUAUUAAUAAGUUAAGAAAAAGACACGAAGGAUAAUUGGGAAGAAGAGGAAGAGCAAAAGAAAAAGAGGACAAAUAGAGGAGAAACAAAAAGAAAAUUAAAGUAUUAAUAAAUUUAAAAAAAGGAAAAGGCAUAUUUUCGCACAUCUGUAGCACGGGAAAUUGAAGUAAACUUGAAAUUAUUAUACUUUUUCCUUUUAAAAAAUUAAGUAUUUUUUCCAAAAUUUAAUUGUAAAUCGAUCUCACUUUUUAGCUUAAUUUUCGUUAUUUCAAUAUUAUAAAUUUUCCGUCAACUUAUGAUUUAUUAAAGAUACAAAAGAAAUGUAUGAUUAAAUGUUAAAAGAAAAAAAAGGAAGCGAUUGAAUAACUAGGAUAUAUAAUAUUGUGUUCAGUAGCUUCAAUUUCUCCGUUUUUAAUAUUUUUUCUUUCCUUUUUUUUCUUUUUUUUUUUUUCACCUUUUAUCGAUUUAUAUAAAGAAAUUCAAUUGAUGUAUCAAGGGACACAGUGCGCGCCCUCAGUAUGAAAAUUUCAUUAUAAUUUCCUUAUAUUUAAUAGGAAUAAGGAACGUUUUUCGCGCCUGUAUUAUCUAAAAUUAAUUAUCCAAAACUACACUGGAUUUUAGUAAAAUUAUAUAAAGUGGAAAAAACUUAUAUAGAGGUUGAAGCAGCGACGUCGGUUAAACGUAUAGAUUGUAAAAGGUUGUAAAUUUGUGUAAUACUAGAGUUAGAUUAGAGCUUAGAUUACAUUUCAUUCGAUUCGAUAUGAUAGCAAAUCUGUUUAUUUUAAUUAGUACUCUUUUAUUUUCUUUGUUUCUCUCUCUUUCUUCCUCUUUCCUCCCCUUUUCCAAAAGAUUAAUUGAGUUGAGC